AUGCCCACCCAACUCGCCCACCCGUCUCCGAAGCGCAAGCGCGACCAGCCACCGCCGGCUCCACUGCUCAACACCGCUCUGGCCCUACGUCCGGCAUCGACACCACGGCGCAGCGAUCACAGACCUUCAUCGGGCCCGGACAGUCCGCGCAAUGCAGUCGCUGAGCAGCUGCGUGGCAUGACCCUCACCACUAUCGCUCCCAUUCCCAUGUCCCCGCUCACACCCACCGACGACGCCAUACGCAAGAAGCCGAAAUUAGAUGCGACAAGAGUCGACAGCGCCAUAUCGCCAACCACGGAAAAAGAUACGACGACGACGUACGGACGUCUAGUAGCAACAAAUUGCAAGAACCGGCCCUUCGCGGAUACUGUACACGUUACGUCUGGGUUCGAGGACUCGAGGGUGAUACCAGAGACGCCUCCGGCGUCGCAACCCCGCUUACUGCCAGAUAUCGCUUCGUUUACAACACAACCCAUGACUUUUGUCUCGGCACCGUCGUCAGUCUGCUUGUCGCCCAGCACCACCACCAUCACGACGCACGCCAUCACAGCCACAAUGACAAUGCAACAAAAGCCACGCACCGUGAAUCGUUCUUCACCUUCGCGUCCCCGUCCGAGGACAAGGUCGCCGUCGCCCCCACCACUGUCGACCCUCACGUGGCAGGACGACGAGAUCACGGGACACUUGGCCGACCCAGCUAUCGACCCAGAUGACGAUGGUACAGGACUGAACGGCAUUGGAUUUAAACCUACCCCCGCGCUGGCUUAUGCAAGAUCCCAGAAGCGUCGACAACAGCUCAACGAAUGGAAGUUGAGGGAAAUGAGAGACGCAAGAGCGAAACGUAGUGAGCGCCGACGAGGUGGUGUCCGGGGCACACCGUCUAGGGAAACCACUGUCGAGCGCGAAGUCGUGCCUGCAAAGGCCAUGACGAGGACUACUACUACUACGAAGCGAACGGUCAAGUUUGCUAUAUGA